AUGGCGGUGGCAAAGAAACCGGACCUACAUCUAUUAUGUUGCAGCCGAACUGCUUCUGCUCUAGAAGCUGUUCGUUCUAGACUAGGUAAAGGGGAAAACCCAAGAAGUCGUGGCGAUGAUGGGUUAACCCUGAUGCAUGUUGCUUCUGCUUAUGAUAACUUGGCAGUGUGUCAGCUUUUGUUACAUUAUGGAGCUGAUCCUCUGUGUAAAGAUGACUUCGGAAGGACAGCGGUAGAUUUGGCAACAGGAACAACUAAAACGUUUCUAACCCGCUACAUUGAUAAGGACCCUCGAUCACGAAGAGGUAUUUUGCGGAAACUAUUUUUCUGCCAUCGUGGAAACUAUCAACAAAGACGUCGCAACUCUUUCCUGUCGGACAUCAAGUCCCGUGUGAGACAGUCAAUAGGAAUAAUAAUUCGUAAGCGAAGAAGUCGGAGAUCUAGUAAAGUUGAUAGUCCUGCUAUUGCCUUGGAAGAGGAAGUGAAGGAGCCUGCACCUCUUCCCAAAACUCCACGUCGUCGUGCGAGAACACCAGAUGUUCUUGAAACACCAACUCGAUCUCCUCCGGUGCGAACUAAAAGAAGAUCUAAAACUCCAGACUUCGACCCUGCUACAAAUAGACCUGCUCCAACUCCAAGCAAGAUGAAAAAAACUCCGGAUGUUAAAUCUGCUAAGCAGACUGUUCCACCAACUGCUGGACGAACUGCCGCAAAGUCACCUAUGUUCCCUCAGAACCCUGCAACAUCUAACACGAACACUACACCACGAUUCACCAAACAUUUUCGAGCAAAACCGACAGCUCCACCUCUCACACCUGAAACUGUUCGUAAACCACGGAAGAGGAGCGCUUCCAGAGAUAAGGCCAUGACCGAGAGCGGUGAUAAUUCUGGUUACAUGACAGCUGAAGAAAGUUUUCAUUUGCUGGAACUUGAGCAGCGACUAAAUCAGCUUAAAAUAUCGGAACCUGUUACCCCAACGGCUGUGGAUGAGCAUGCUAAGCGCAGAGUGAAAAAACUGAAAGACUCUGAACUGCGGUCUGAGUUAAGAAAGCAUGGAAUAUAUGCUGGACCAAUAUGCUCGGGUACUAGACAUUUGUAUGAAAAGAAGCUGCUGACUGUUUCUGAUCAAGUUGAAAAGGUUCAAGGAGCCUCUUAUUCGAAACCACUUGAAUUAGGUUUCAAAGGCAAGAUUGAUGAAAAGAAAGGAAAACAACUGGACGAAACCAUACGUAGAGAGUUCCAACAUCUUGGAGUCACAGCAUUCGUUUAUUUGUUACUGGAUCCACGUGUGCUAGAGCAGGUUGAGAAGUUGACCUUACGAAAAGUUGUUGAGUCAGUGUUUUACGUGGGAAAAGGGACUAAGGCUCGGCCAUUAGCUCAUCUGAUCGACGCAAGGAAAAUGCGGGAAACUGGGUCUCCUAAAUUAGAGACUAACGCCAAGUUGCAGAAGAUCAAUUCUAUCUGGAAUUCCGGAAGAGGAGUUGGUCUACUAGAGAUCAGUCAUACCAUAUCGGAUGAUGAAGCUUUUGUUCGUGAAGCUGCUUUCUUUGAAGCUAUCAGGCUUCAAAACCUGACUAAUAUCAAAGGAGGAGAAUGGAAAGGACGUUCACGAUCCUGGGAUAACAUCACGAAAGCAGAAUUCGGAGUAUACCUUCUUAAGCAGGCUUAUGAGAUUCUCAAGACUAUGGGCCCGCGUUAUGUAUACCCCGAUUCUCUUCCGGAUUCAACUCAUCCUAAUAUAACCAAUAGGCGUAAAUAG